GUGGAAGGGUGUGUUGCAGUGUGUCAGUGCUGACGGCAGGCUAUAUUUGAAUCCUUUGAGCCACAAACUGUGUGAUCUUGAACAAAUAUUUGCUGAUUUAAAAAGGAGUGUGGCUGCGGUAUUGGCAUCAUACCGUUAAUUUCUCAGCAGGUAACAUGGAGUAUUCUGUGCUGUGUCUCCUGCUGUGUCUAACCACCAGUAAAGAUGUUAGUGGUCAGACGAUAGUCGCGUCUCCGAAUCCUGCAGCUGUGAACAGCAAUGUCACACUGCAGGUGUACCCUGAGACAUCCAUCCCAGGAGGGAUGUGGUCUCAUGGAUCAACAUUCAUCAUGCAGUGGUAUCCUGGAGGUUCCUUUGUUAAUCCUACGUGGGAAAGCCGGAUCACUUUCAACUCAACAUCUAAGGCUCUGUCCAUAAGAUCUGUCCAGGUGGCAGAUUCAGGAAUAUAUUAUAUUCAAGGCCCCAUACAACUGUAUGGGACUUUGUCGGUCCAAGAGCCCAUUUCAAACGCCACCCUGAGGGCCGAUGCCACCGACCUGGUGGAGCUAAAUGACACAGCAGUUUUCACCUGCUCUGUCACCACUGGCUCCUCCCUCUCCUACCUCUGGCUUAAUGGCAGCUCUGAGGUCAAUGCCAGUCUGGUUCGGCUGACCAAUGGCGGUUCCACUCUCAGCAUCCCUAUGGUAACCCGCUAUGACACGGGGCCGUUCAGGUGCAACGUCUCCAACGGCAUCAGUCACGACAUGGCCAGACAGUCUAUAAGUCUGAACAUUAGCUAUGGCCCAAGUAACCCUACCAUAACAACCAACCCCAAGAUGGCCGCCUAUAUUGUGGGUUCCGACAUCACUCUGUCAUGCUCCGCCCAGUCCAACCCCAAUGCAACCUAUCAAUGGAGCUUUGAGGGGCAGCCGUUAAACCAGGGAGUCACACAGCUCUUUUUGGGAAACAGCAAACAGACCCAAACAGGAAAUUACACGUGCUCAGCCCUAAACAGUGUCACUCGGAGGUCAGCCAGUAUGACAACCAUGAUCAGGAUUGUGGAGCCAAUAUCAGCAGUUACGGUGAACAGCGCUGGCAAACAACCGAUUCAGAACGAGUCGUUUACUCUGAGUUGCAAUGUGUCUGGCCCUGCGGACUACAUCCACUGGAUGAAGAACAACCAGAUGAUCUCUGCUGACAGCUUCUUCUCUGUAGUCAACAAAACACUGACCAUCAACUCAGUCCAGCACUCAGACAAUGGCAACUAUUCAUGUGAGGCCUUCAAUGCAGUGAGCAACAAGACAAGCAAUCCAUACAGUCUGCUGGUGAACUUUGGACCAGAAAUGCCAGUUACCACUGGGAGGGCCUUAGCCUUGACGGGCCAGAAUGUGACCCUCACCUGCUCAGCCUCCUCUCAGCCCCCCAGCACCUACACCUGGUGGUUCAAUGGCUCCCAAGUGGCCACUGGCUCAGUUUAUGAGUCUGGCCCCCUGACCUCACACAAUAAUGGAGAGUUCACCUGUAUGGCCUUCAACAACAUCACAAACAAGAACAGCACAGCAUCUCAGAAACUCACCGUGAUUGAGCCGGUUACCAUGGCCACGGUGAAAGUACUGGGAGCUCAGCCAAUAGCGAACCACACGUUUAACCUGACCUGUGAAACGACAGGAAGUGUUUACUCUGUGCACUGGAUGAGGGACCAACUGCCUCUCUACCCCGACAGCAUGAGGGUCUUCUCCAUGGACAACAGCACUCUCACAUUCAGCCCCGUCCUUCUCUCUGACAAUGGACACUAUCAGUGUUCCGCGACCAACCCUCUGAGCCAAAUGAACAGCAGCAACUACACACUCAUGGUCAACUAUGGGCCAGACACUCCUGUUGUUAUGGGCCCAUGGAUGGCCAUGAUGGGCCAGAAUGUGACCCUCACCUGCUCAGCCUCCUCUCAGCCCCCCAGCCACUUCACCUGGUGGUUCAAUGGCUCCAAGGUGGCCACUGGCUCAGUCUAUGAGUCUGGCCCCCUGACCUCACACAAUAAUGGAGAGUUCGGAUGUAUGGCCUUUAACAACAUCACAAACAAGAACAGCACAGCCUCUCACAUGCUCACUGUCAUCGCACCCAUCACACAAGUGCAGAUCCACACCCCCCUAAAGUCACCCGUUGAGGGUCAGUCAUACACCAUGAACUGUAAUGUGACCGGACCAGUCGACCACGUCUGCUGGUGGAAAGAUGGCCUGCUCAUGUCUUCCAACAACAGAACUGACUUUGCUGUAGACAACCAAACAUUAAUCAUUAACCCAAUCCAGCACUCAGAUAUGGGUGACUACAAAUGCCAAGCCAUGAAUGCAGUAAGCAACAUGACCAGCAAUGCAUACAGCCUUGUGGUAAACUAUGGACCACAGACACCAACGUUGUUUGGACCAUGGUUAGCCGCGUCAGGUGCGAAUGUGACCCUCACCUGCUCAGCCUCGUCUCAGCCCCCCAGCACCUACACCUGGUUGUUCAAUGGCUCCCAGGUGGCCACUGGCUCAGUCUAUGAGUCUGGCCCGCUGACCUCACACAAUAAUGGAGAGUUCACCUGUAUGGCCUUCAACAACAUCACAAACAAGAACAGCACAGCCUCUCACAUGCUCACUGUUAUCCAUCCAAUAACAUACUCAACCAUAAGCGACGGAGGAAAACCAGCCAUACUGAAUGAGUCCUUCUCAAUGACCUGCAGUGUGGAUGGAGAAUCCCCCUCAAUCCACUGGAUGAAAGAUGGCUCGUACCUCCACACUGACCACUGGACUGUUUUUUCCAUGGACAACAGGACUGUAACCUUCAACACCGUCCAGCUUUCAAACCAGGCGGUUUACACCUGCACAGCCAGCAAUGCUGUGAGCAACUACAGCAGUCCUGGAUACAUGCUUGUCGUGAACUAUGGACCUGAGAAGCCCAUGAUUCACGGGCCAACUGUCGGUGAGUUGGGGGCUAAUGUGACCCUUACCUGCUCAGCCUCCUCUCAGCCCCCCAGCCACUUCACCUGGUGGUUCAAUGGCUCCCAGGUGGCCACUGGCUCAGUCUAUGAGUCUGGCACCCUGACCUCUCACAAUAAUGGAGAGUACACCUGUAUGGCCUUUAACAACAUCACAAACAAGAACAGCACAGCCUCUCAGAAACUCACUCUUAUCGCGGGCAUCACAUCAAUAACAGUCAAAGCCAACACGACGCCAAUAAACCUCAAACAACUAACAGUUACAUGUGAAGUCAACGGGUCCCACAGCGCCCUCUACUGGAUGAAGAACAGCGUCUCACUUAACGGCUCCACAAACUCAUCUCUCCACAUCCUCAACAACACUCUGCACUUCAAUCCUGUGACGCUCUCUGACGAUGGAACCUAUCAGUGUGUGGCUACCAACCUUGCUGGUAAUCAUACCAGUCCACCAUACCACCUACAGGUCAACUAUGGCCCUCUGGAUAUGUCGAUCAGUGGGCCUGACUCUGCUGUGAUUGGCUCAAGCGUCAAAGUCACUCUAAAGUGCUCUGCCGACUCUUGGCCAACCAGCCAAUACGAUUGGUUGUUCAACCAGAAGUCAUUGUCGAAGAACAACCCUAUACUGGAUGUGACGGUCCUGAAAGAAAAUGCAGGGCAAUACACGUGCAAUGCCAUCAACUCUGUGACCAACAUCACCAUGUCCAAGAUUCACAAAUUAAACAUCACUGCAAACUCAGUCGUCCCACUCCACUCCAGCGCUGGUUUGAUGCUGUUGGUUCUGGUCGCUCUCUUCGUCCCUGUGGUCAAUGACCUGUGGUCCCACUGAGACCCUCAGUAAGAAACAGGAAGAAACAAUUCCAAUACCAAGGCCACUUGUUUGAUAGACCUCCACCUCCUUCCUCUAUCCACUCUCCUCCCUUAACUUCUCUUCCACUGAUCUGUAGAAGACUGGAUUGGCAUUUACAAUAUGGUCAUAACUGAGCCAAAAUCACAAACCAACAAAACAAAGAUGGUGUCAUUUUGUUCAUAUUGCUUAAACCCAUCCUUUGGGAAUGUUUGUAGGCAAGAGAACAAAAGGCAGGGGAGCAGAGUUUGAGGUGAAAUAGAAAGAAAGAUGUGCAAACUAAAGUGUUCUGUUAUACUCUCUGUGCACAAAUUCUAAAGUGAUACCAUAACGGGCUAAAGGGGCCUUGUCUCGGUCGUGUUUUAUAUUGAGCGACAUCAGUGAGUUUAAUGUACGAUCCAUCAAUAAUUUUGUGUUUACGUCAAAUGAAUACUGAUCUAAUUAAAAUAUUUUAUUUUCGCCGUUCUAGGCUACUUCCACAAAAUACAUGCAUGAACAGUUAACAAAAACUCUGUGAUUAUGUACAUAUUACAUAUCUUGUGAAAGACGGUUUAUAUUUCCCUCUGUGAUUUAUUUUCUUAAAUAAAGUUUUGUGUCUAAAA